CUCAUUAAUUUUUCUCAUGAUUUUCUGUCCUUAUCUUACUUUUGUCGGAUAGAUACAUUCAUCUUUCGUUUCAUAUCAAAUGUCAAAUGUUGAUCUUUUACAAAUAUUUCGAAAGUAGCUAAGGUUGGUACAAUUUUAUUUAUUUAUUAUAAAGAAAAAAGAAAGAGAACUUAACCUAAUACUGCUAAAAGUAUUUAUACAAAAUGCACAAAAGGUAAAACAUUAAUUUAAAAUGGACAUAGAUGAUUAUAAACUCGUAGACCUAGUGAAAAGGUGUAAUGUUAUAUACGACAAAAAUCAUGGCCAGCAUAAAAAUAAGUUUGCCAAAUUUGAAGCCUUCAAACAAAUAGCUGCCACUCUUAAUUCUUCAGCUGAACUUUGUGAAUCCAGGUGGUGUCUGUUAAGGAAUAGAUUUUGUCUUGAACUGAGGCAUAUACGAACUGCAGAUCCUUCAGCUGUACCAAGACGUCCAUGGCCUCUCUUCCAACAUAUGAGAUUUUUGUCCAAAUUUAUUUAUCCAAGAAAGACAAGAACUAUGCUGCUCAGUGGUUACAAACCCAGUAAUUUUCAAUCCCAGAUGAAGAGUGAAUCAGAUUACAGUUUCAAUUCUGAAAUAAAAGAAGAAUCAGAAGAUUUUGAACUUAAUUUUAAAGAUCCUCCAGAAGAAAUAGAAACAACCCCAAGUUUAUCUAUUAGUGAUAGCAUGGAUUAUUUGAAAGAUAACAAUAGUGAGGAAGACAUACAUGUUCCUGUAGCGACUAUGAUGGAUGAGGAAGAUGAAGAUACAUUUUUUGGUAAAAUGAUUGCCAAGUAUUUAAAACGGGUUAAAGAUGUAGAUAAAAAGAUUCAAAUAAAAAUUGAAAUGAUGAAAGUACUUAAAACAAGUUUAGAUGAUGGUUAGAUUGAUUUUUUAAAUGUUAAGGUUAAAAUCAAGGUAGCUCACCAAAUUAUUCAUUAGUUUCUUGCUUUAUUUUUGUAUAAAUUGCACUAAAUCUUGUGAAUAGUAUUUCUUGUACCUUGGAAUUCCAAUAGAACAAAAAACAAAAUGAAUUACUUGGAAUAAAAGUAAAAGACAUAAACAACAAAUAAUUAAUAGUAAAUUAACUAAACUGUACUACCAGUAAAGGACACUGCACACAUGUUACGGAAAAUAUGUCACUCAAAUGAAAUAUAAUUUACAUGAAUAGAUUGGUUUCGAAAUUUCAAUAAUUUCAUAAUGGUGUAAAUUGAUAUACAUAAAUCUAAAAUCAAAUGGGAAUUUAAAUAAAUCAAAGAAAGAAAAAUAAUUUUCGGAAUUGUCACUUUAUAAAUAAUAUUUGAGGCAGAGGCUUAUAGACAAUAAAGUUGGUAUAAUUUGAUCAGGCGUACAAAAGUUAAUAGUUCUUCUAAUCCGCUAGCUCACGGGAGAGUAAACCCUUGUGAAUAGCCACCGGACUAAUAUUAUUUAUGAAUGACAGUUUUAUGGACUUGUGAUUUCGCUACACUUUAAUUACAAUUUAUGCCGUUAAUACUAAUAAUUCAGAGUUGGCGCAAUGAUCUGAAAUUAUCGUAAUUUUGAGACCAAUCAUAAUGACCAGGAAUUAUCGUAAUGUGUGUGGUGACCUUUAUUAUCUUUUAAUUUUUUUAAUUUAUAUCAAAUUAAAUUUGAGGAAAAACAUGAAAAAUUUGAGAAAAUAGUAAAUCUAUGAAAGAUUUCAAUGUACCCUGAUAGUUGCAGUUAUAAUUGAAUUAUAGAAGAAAAGGCAAGUUUCAUUCGUUUCAGUAUAAUGUGUGUUGCCACCAUGGUCCUAGAUGACGCUCAUGAAACUAGCCAUUCGAAGCUCCUCACAUGUUGUUGGAGCAAGUAACACGACAUUGAAGCAGGAUAUGAUGUCUUACACACGUUUUAAGAAGGCCUCAUAUGUGCUCAAUAAGGUUAAGGUCUGGACUUUGAGCAGGCCAGUCCAUUUUUGAAUACAAACAUAUCGCACCCUCAGUGCAAGAGUGAAGUAAAUCAAAAUAAGUAAGUUUCGAGAUAAAGACGAUUUUGUUUAUUUUCGUGCUAAUAUCGGUGAAAUAAGACCCAAGUUUUAAGAAAAAUUAACAUUUAAUUAUAAUUUUGCAUGCUUUUCAGCCUAUAUUACAUUAACCAAAAAUAGAAAUUUAAAUAAAAUAAUAUUAAUGCAAAAAAAAUUAGGAUUUUCAAAGUUACAACACUUUUACAUGGAAAAAAUUGUUAAUCACUACACAUUUAGUAUUAGAAUUUCAAAGUUACAACAGUUUUGCACGGAGAAAAUUGUAAAAAGUGUAGACACAUUUACUUUUACAGUAAAACCUGUGUUACCGGCCACCUGCCAACAUCGGCCACCUGUACUAACGGCCAGUUUAAAAAUUCCCCAAACCAAUUAUGUAUAUCUAGACUACAAAAACUGGCAAUACCGGCCACCUUUCUAUAUCGGCCAAUAGUUCUUUCAUUUUUAGUGGCCGUUGCUGACAGGUUUUACCGUAGUUGUUGUCCUCUUCUCGUACAUCAUCUUGUGCCAAAAUAUUUUUAUAAAAACUAUGGUGGGCUUCUGGUAUCAUACCCGAAUGGCAUAAGUAUACCAAAUCUUUCUUUUUGGCCAUUUGAAUUUUUGGCUGUUCUUUGGCAAGUUUUCUGAGAAUAGAUAUUUUUGACCUCUCAGUAUUGUCAAUACACAAGUUUUAAGAUAACUGUUUUUCCUUUCGCGAGAAAAAAUACUUUUUGGUCGUAAAUAAUUGAAGCGUUCGGAGGAAUAACGGUCUAUGUUACAAAUUAUCAAAAAUCGAAUUUUGGUAUGAAUAACGGUCUAUGAAGUGUGUAGAUUCCACUAAAUAUUAUAGUUUGUUAAUAUACCAACAGAUGGGGCGAGUAUACCAAUAUGGAGUGUGUGAAAACAAAUUUUUAAGUUGGAACAACGGUCUAUGUGACAUCGACGUCAAGCGUGCUUCGACUGUACCGAACCAAAUCAUUCUGUUUUGUGGUACCGUGCGAAUAGUUAUCGUUUGUUUACAUUGUAGUAUUGUUUUGGUUGUAGUUUGUGCAGUUUUAUUACAUUAUGAACGAAAACGAUAUAGAACAAACCAAGAAUGUUCGGUUUUCACCGACUGAUAUUCGUAGACUAAAUAAAUCAAAAAGACAUACCAGGCAGAUAAAUAUAGAAACUUGGAAGGAUGUCUCUAGAAAAAAUCGCAGAGAUUCGGGUCUGGCAUACACAACAAGGAAGACAAAAAUCUUAGUUCCUGCUAAGAAGGCUCCUACCGAUGUAAGUAUAAAUAAGAAAAAAUAAUACAAGCGGAAGUUUUACUUUCAUAAAAUUAAAAUAAUAUUAAAAAUUAAACUUUACUGUUUUUUUCGUUUUACUUCGAAAUGAUUAUUAAAAAGACACUAUUUUCCAUUCGUCUCUAUAUAGAUUUAUUAAUUUUAUGUUAUUUGUUUAAGGUAAACGUAUGCCGCAAAUCGUGUAAGCAAAUGUGUUCACAUUUUACCCUUCCUAUGAGAAAGGAUCUCUUCAAGUUCUUCUAUUCACAUUCGUACGAUGAGCAGUCAGCGUUUUUAACAAAAUGUAUCAGAAUGGAGGAACCAAAAAGAAGAAGAGCUGGAAAAACAGAUGGGACUUCGUUAAAGUUGUGUUCUUUCGCAUACUUCAUUAAUAACAAGAAAGAAGAAAGUAUGCAAAACUAUGUUACUCGACGUUUUCAAAAUCACCCAUAGACGAAUUCAAACUAUACAAGACAAACUCAAACUCGGUGUUCAUAUUCCUAUAGAUCAGAGAGGUAAGCAUCAUAAUAGGCCAAAGGCGAUUCUGCACGAGCGUAGGAACUUGGUUAUGGAACAUAUCAACAAAUUUCCAAGGCAAGAGUCACACUAUUCUCGAGGUAAAACACAGAAAGAAUACUUGAGUCCUGAUCUAAAUUUGUCAAAAAUGUAUCGAUGUUUCCAAACUGAAAAUCCUAAUGUUGAUGUAAGUAAAACCUUUUAUGAUACAGUUUUCAAACAAAUGAAUUUGCGUUUUGGUGCUCCUAGAUCAGAUACGUGUAAAAUAUGCGAUGAAUUCUAUAUACAACUAAGUUCUGCAAAAUCAGAGGAUGAUAGGAAGAAAAUACAGCUGGAAAGUGACUUACAUCAAACUAAAGCCUCUUUGGGAUAUCAAGAACUUAAAGCGGACAUAGGUAAAUCUAAAGCAAAUAACUCAUCUACUGUCGUCCUUUGUGUUGAUAUGCAGCAGGUUCUAUUUUGUCCGUCAUUAUCCCACUCAGAUAUCUUCUACCAACGGCAACUUAGCUGCUACAACUUUGCUAUACAUAAUAUGGGAACUAACAAAGCGGUAAUGAACUUAUGGUACGAAUGCAUCGCAGGAAGAGGCUCUACAGAAAUAGCAUCUUGCAUAAUAAAGUACGUCACAAUCAACUAUAAGAAAUUAAUAGAUGGAGAAGAGCGCAAAUUAAUCGUUUGGUCCGAUCGUUGCGUAGGGCAAAAUAACAACUGGAGGAUAUUAAACACUUACUGUUAUCUUGCAAAAUGUGGAUAUUUUACUGAGAUUAACCAAAAGUUUCUCUCCUCGGGUCACAGUUUUUUGCCUUAUGAUCGAGAUUUUGCAUUAAUCGAGAAAGCAAAGAAAAGUGCAAAGGUGCAUGUACCCUCGGACUGGAAAUAUGUUAUUGCUGACGCUAAAGUAAAUGAACCAUUUGAUGUCAUAGAAAUGAGCCAAAAUGACUUUAAAGACCUAACUGUUAUUGAAAAACACCUGCCAAAAAAUAGAAGUUCUUCAAAAUUACAAGUGACAAAGUACCUCUGGAUGAAAUAUGACCUAGAUGAUCCCUACACUAUUUACGGUCGAGCCAGUCAUAACGUCGUAAAACCCUGGGAGUCAUUCAAGAUUUUCAAAGAAAAUUGGGAAGCUACAACAGAGCCUGAAGAUUUACAAACAGCCUACAAUACACUACUACCAAUUACGCAAAAUAAAAAAAAAGAUUUAAUAAAAAUGAUUCCAUAUAUGGAUAAUAAAUUUGCAGACUUUUAUAGAUCCCUACCUGAACACUGACUUCUGUUUGUUUUUCAUAAUAGUUUUCUGUUUUUUCGUUUAUUUCAAAAAUACCUACUUAUAGAAUCACAUAAUAAUUAUAAUACAAUUUAAUUUUAUAUCACAUGUUAUAUUAAUACAUAUAAAUGUAAUAAUUUGUGUUAAUAAAAUUAUUUCAAAAACGAUUUUUUACUUUAUUUGUGGAAUAACGGUCUAUGUUACAUUUUCGGUCACAAACUUUUAAGAAAUAAGCAACAUGUUUAAACUCAUCUUUUCUCGAAAAUGUCAACUUGUAACAUAGACCGUUAUUCGUCCGAACGCUUAAAUUAGUCUUAAUUUAUGUGGUUUUAAUCCAUUCUAACAAAUAAAUGGUCAAACGACAUCGCACACAUCUUAUGGAAAAUAAAUAUAAUAUCACACAAAGGACAUACAAUUUACAUGAAUAGAUUGGUCUCGAAAAUCUUUGUUUAUUGUCUCAGCCGUUAAUGGAUUACGUAGACGCGCUGUAUAUUAAAAUUAAACACCACAUAUAUAGAGAUAUUAAAAUAACAAAUAUCUUACUUUUUUCAUUGCUUGUUAUUACUUGUUAUCGAAUCCGUUGCAAUGUUCCGUGCAAAACUGUUGUAACUGUUACAUUAGAGUUACAACAGUUUUGCACGGAACUUAUGUUCAAAAACGCAAAAUAGUUAAACUGUUGUUGUUGUAAUAUUUAGCCCAUUAAGCAUUGAAAGUUGCUAAAGUUUUAAAGGGUUUUACAAUCGAAUUCCAUAAUUACUUCAUUUUCAUAAAAUUUUGAGUUACUGCAGUCUUGCACUGAGGGUGCGAUAUUCAAACAAUCAAACAAAUUCAAACAACCCUUGCCUUGUGUGGUCUCACUUUAUCUUGCAUUAUCAGAAAACCAUUGACAAUACACCCAGCAUAUGGCAUCACAUGAUGUUGUAGGCUAUCCAUUAUGUAUUUAUGUGCUGUUAAUGUGCCUGUUUCAAACAAGAUGAAAUUCCGUGUGUGCCUCACAGAAAUCCCUGCCCAAAACAUUACUGUGCCACCACCAAAGUGCGAUUGAGUGCAGACAGCAUAAUUUCUUCCUUCUGCAGACCUUAUUUUGACCGUCUUUGACCAAAUUGAUAUUCUACACUCAUCCAUAAACAAUAUUUUUUCCAAUCAUCUAUGUCCAAUGUUCACUGUCCUGACAUGCAAGUUUCCAUCUUUUGCGAGCAGCAAUAAGUAAUGACCCCAUUGCUGGAUUGCAAGAUGUCAAAUUCUGUCUUCUCAACCUUCAUUAAAUAGUAGAAACGUUGAUUACUGUUCCUUGGGCUUGCUGAAUAUGACUUUGGAGCAUUCUAGCAGUUUGUGUCAGGGGCGGCCCGUCAGGGUAGGCAAGGUAGGCGCCGCCUAACCUCUUCAAAUGUACAAUAAUAAAUUAUUUAUUAAUAUAAAUUACUUAUUUCAAAACUGUAAUUUAUAAAUUUUGAUACAGUACCUAAGUAUCUAAAAAUCUACAAUAAAACAAAACUACUUUUUAAUUCAUCUCUGAAGUUGUAAUAAUUAUUGUACGGUCCCCGUAGCGUAGCAUUACUACGACGGCUUUACCCUAGGGCAGGCUCUCUAAAAAGUAGCCGAACAGAAUUCGCAUUUGUCUCACUCUUUACGCUAAGCACAGGGGCUGUAUUGUCACUUGCCUGGCCGUGUAUUUUCGGGCUAUAGGUAGGCUAGAUUUUUUUGAGCCUUUGACAUUGGUUGUGCGGAGUUGCAUCUCGGAACUGCCAAUUGCAUGUUUUAGGAUUUUGCAUCUUGACUACCAAUUCUGAAAAAAACGAAAAGUUCGAAUUUUGUCAUGAAAUUUGGUAUGUGGGGUUAGAAUAAUAUUUCUAACAAUUUUUCCAAAUAACUUUUUGCGAUAUCUCUAACGCGAAACAAAAUAUUGAAAAUUCGUCGUAUUUGUGAAUUCGCAGUAGGCCGCGUUUAAAAUUUAAAUUUCAGUUGACUAUCUUAAAAAGUGUAAACCAUCAAAAUGAAUGACUGUAAAAUUUCAAAUCUGUAUUUAUUUUGAUAGCCGAAAUAUAGGGGUGUCUUCAUCUUAAAUGCGACACACUGUAUACAGGGUGUUUGGUAAAGAAUGGGCUAUAGCUUAACACUAGAUUCCUGAGGUUAAAAUAUGUCGAUUUGAGCUACCUUACCUUAGUACGAAAGUUGAUAAUAACCGAAAUACAGGGUGUCAAAGUUAAAACUUUUAUUUUAUUUAUUCUUGAAUAUUUCCUAACAGACAUGGCAUAAUAACACAAAAUUUGGUAAGCGGGGAUUUUUUGAGACGAGAAAUCUAAAUUAGCCACCAAAAAUGACGUAUUAUCCAGAGGGCGCCACAUACGCCUUUCAGCUCUCAUUUAAUAGGUUCAAUUUUUUUAUUACCCACUCUAUAUACUUUCUAAAUAAAAAUUUUUAUUUUGUUAAUAUUUUUACCUAAAAAAGGUAUAGAUACUACAUUCAUCUCGCUAAACUCAACGAAACGCAUUUUAAAUCUGCAAGGCAACAUAAUUUUUUGCAUAUCAUUGUAGUUACAGUUACACCCGAAAAAUAACUUAAAAUCAUAAAAAUUUACAAAAAUGUAUCUCAAAUUUCUUCAAAUGGAAUUUGCAAUGCAAUGACAUAAAUAUGAGAACUGGCACAAUUAUUAUGGUUUCAAGUUUAUUUUUCAGGUCUAACUACAAUGAUAUGCAAAAAUUAUGUUGUAUCGCAGACUUAAAAUGCGUUUAUCUCGAAAACAGUCGAGCUUAGCGAGAUGAAUGUAGUAGAUAUACCUUUUUAAAGUAAAAAUAUUAAGAGAUUAAAAAUGUUGAUUCAAAAACUACGUGGAGUGGGAGAUAAAAAAAAUUGAACUUAUUAAAUGAGCGCUGAAAGACGUAUGUAGCGCUCUCUGGGUAAUAGCUCAUUUUUGGUGGUAAAUUUAGAUUUCUAAUCCCAAAAAACCCCGCUUACCUACCAAAUUUCGUGUUGUUAUCCCAUGUCUGUCAGGAAAUAUUCAAGAAUAAAUAAAAUAAAAGUUUAACUUUGACACCCUGUAUUUCGGUUAUUAUCAACUUUGGUACUAAGGUAAGUUAGCUUAAAUCGACCAAUUUUAAGCUCAGGAAUGUAAGGUUAAGCUAUGGCCCAUUCUUUACCAAACACCCUGUACCUAUACAGGUAUUUACAUAUUAUUAUACACUAUAUGUGUCGCCUACCCGGAUACUGAGGUCACGAGCCGCCACUGGUUUGUGUCUGGUCUUACAAUCUAACAAUAGUGCAAAUGUUAUCUUCUCUGAUUGUUGUCUUCCGUUUGGCACCCGUACCGGGUCGCUGUUGUCUUCAAUAACUGGAAAUCACACUUUCCUAUUUUUUUUUCUUUUUUUAAUUCAUGUGUUUUUCAUAAUUUUCUAAAUUCAUCAUUUGCUAUGAUCCACAUAUUCACUUAUAUACCUAUACCUUACUCAUGUUCACUUCUAAGCCAUUAUAUUUUAUACUUCUCGACCGUUAUUCUUUAUUUUAAACUUAAACAGACGAAAAUGUGGUGCUUUUGUGUAGAAUAUACAUAUCUGGACCUCGAAGUUAAACUAGAUACACUAUGUCAUUUUGAGCAACUGUGUUUAACGUGUCUUUGCAACAAAGUUUAGAGCACUUAGGAUGUUAAUAAAAAUCUAAUAUAUCCCAUAAUUGGUUGAAAGAUAAUAUAACCAUAUUAUAUAACCAAUUUGUAUAAUCCAACUAAUAAAAUAAGUGUAUUAGAGGAACUGAUUCAAAAUAACAAAUCGACAUAGUUUACCUCCGAGGUCCAGAUAUAUUUUUGACUUUUUACAUAAUUUUAGAAAUAAAUUAUAAAUUGUUGGUGGAUUUGACCAUUACUCAAUGGAAAUUUAAUUCAUCUUACAAUAAAACACUGAAUUAUAUAAGUUGAGCAAAAAAAAAUUAACGAAUCUGUAAUAUGAAUAUACGUACAAUUGAAAGUUUAGACGACAGCUUAAUAAAAGUGGGAUUAGACCUAAAAGUUAAUUUAAAUUAUUACUUAAGCAGUAUACGAUGUUAAGUAAUUUAGAUAAAAAAAUUUAAUAUUUUUUAUUAACAGUUUUUUUAUUUGCUUAUCGUUGAUAAAAUAUUGUAUGAAACUGUGCGUGAACUACUUUUUGCGAACUUACGCGAUGUAUAGCACUCGCUCCGCUGUCGCUCGUACUCUAAAAAUCGCGUGCUUUCGCAAAAAGCAUACUUUACGAACUGUUUCAUAAAUAACUAUUGUUUAACAAAAUUUGAAAAAGAUUUUUCAAAUUUUGAUACUACCUUUUCAUUACUUAGUCCAGAAAGCCACUGCGCAUCCGCUAGGAAAAAUAUUCUUAUUCGGAUUUUUUGCAAAAUCUUACUCAAAAAGGACUCCUUUUAACAAAUUUGCAUGUUGCCAGGACCAAAAGGUGGUCAAAAAUUUUUUAAACGUUUUUUUUUGUUUUUUUCCUAAAAUUAUUUUUUUUUUGCAUGGAAAAAAGUUUUUUUAGGUAUUUUGGAUCAUUCCAAACAGAAAAGGUCUUUAGUGACUUUUCUCUAAAAAUGAUAGUUUUUGACAUAUAAACGAUUAAAAAUUGAAAAAUUGCGAAAUCGGCCAUUUUUAACCCUCAAAAACUAUGUGAAAAACUGAAAAUUUGAAUAUUGCCAAGGUUGGUACAUAUUCUUUAAACAUCGAUUGAUAAAAUCCAGAAGGGUUUUUUGCAAUACAAUAUUCAAAACUCCUUUGUUUUUUAAUUGCUAAUCAAGCGUGCGCGGCACUAUUUUCCAUCCGACAGUAUGGUGCAAAUGAAAGGAAUAAAUUCGUUAUUUCCUAAACCGGCGAUUUUAAGGAAAAAUCCCGAAACAGGUCGAUUUUUAUUUUUAAGUUAUGAUAUUGUGGCAUAUAUGGUAUACUAGUGACGUCAUCCGUCUGGGCGUGAUGACGUAAUCUAUGAUUUUUUUAAAUAAGAAUAGGGGUCGUGUGGUAGCUCAUUUGAAAGGUUCUUCAAUUUUCUAUUCAUUAAUGUAAACAUUUACAUAAUUAUUUAGACAGGGUGUCCUUCUACUUCUUUUUUUGUCAAAUAAUUUAAUUUAAUAAAAAUUUUUUGGACACCCUGUAUAAAUAAUUAUGUAAAUGUUUAUACUACUUAAUAGAUAAUUGAAUAACCUUUCAAAUGAGCUAGCACACGACCCCUAUUCUCAUUUAAAAAAAUCAUCGAUUAUGUCAUCACGCCCAGAUGGAUGAUGUCACUAGUAUACCAUAUAUGCCACAAUAUCAUAACUUAAAAAUAAAAAUCGACCUGUUUCGGGAUUUUUCCUUAAAAUCGCCGGUUUAGGAAAUAACGAAUUUAUUCCUUUCAUUUGCACCAUACUGUCGGUGGAAAAUAGUGUCGCGCACGCUUGAUUAGCAAUUAAAAAACAAAGGAGUUUUUAAUAUUGUAUUGCAAAAAACUCUUUGGGAUUUCAUCAAUCGAUGUUUAAACAAUAUCUGCCUACCUUGGUAACAUUCGAAUUUUCAGUUUUUCACAUAGUUUUUGAGGGUUAAAAAUGGCCCAUUUUGCAAUUUUUCAAUUUUUAAUCGCUUAUAUGUCAAAAACUAUCAUUUUUAAAGAAAAGUCACUAAAGACCUUUUCUGUUUGGAAUGAUCCAAAAAACCUAAAAAAACUUUUUUCCAUGCAAAAAAAAAUAAUUUUAGGAAAAAAACAAAAAAAAAAACGUUUAAAAAAUUUUUGACCACCUUUUGGUCCUGGCAACAUACAAAUUUGUUAAAAGGAGUCCUUUUUGAGUAAGAUUUUGCAAAAAAUCCGAAUUAGAAUAUUUUUCCUAGCGGAUGCGCAGUGGCUUUCUGGACUAACUGGUCUUCUCAUCCUGCGUCUACGUCGAAGUAUAAACAAUACACUUGUCGCUAAUAUUAUUUUACUGAGCUAUUUUAACAUGUGGUCGGUGUCAGUGUCACCCACCGGUGUUUCGUUUGCGCAGCUGAAGAACCACCAGUGGCGGACACCAAUGUCGGGACACCAGCCGGUUAAUCUGAAAGGGUACUAAUGCUUCAGUAUUUAUUUUAAUUUUGAUCUGUAUACCACGUACUUUAUUUAUAUGUAUACCUCGUAUUGAUAUUAUUUUAUGAAAUAGAAACUUAAUAUUAAAAAUAGUGAUACAUCUAAUUACAAUUGAAUACUUUAUUAUUACAUAUUUAGAUAAUGUAUUAUUUUUUAAACGUAAUAUUUAAGAAAUUGAUUUAGCCUUGGGAUAUAAUGAUAAAGUAUGAUAGCUAAAGUAUAAUACUUAUUAACUUUUUUUUUAUUGCAUGCCUGAAAAGAAGAAGAAUGAAUAAAAAAAAUGAUAUAACGAUGGCUUAGUGUGAAAACCUCGUAUCUCAUUUUUUUUUUUUCGAAAAUGACAUUUUGGUGGUUUUAGUUUGAAAACCUUGUAUCUCACGAUUUACAACUGUUAGAAAAAAUCCAAAUACACCAGACUAUUUUCUACAGCCGAAAAAAGAAACCACGUAUAUCAAUUGCUCUCUUCAUUUAGUGUGAAUACCACGUAUAUUUAUAACAAAGAAUUUGGUACUUAAUUUGAAGUGUUUGUUUAAGAAAUUUGACUUGGAGAAAUGUUUUUUUGUGAACAACAAAAGGUAGUCCGGCAUAUGAAAAAUGAAAACCUCGUAAAUAAUCAUAAACACAACCUCAUUUUAGAUGAAAAACACGUAUAUCAAGAUAUACGAGGUUAUCAUACUUACUUGGGCAAAGGCUCUAUAUACUGCAAGGCUAUUUACGUUUUUUUCAUAGUUAAUAUUUGUAUUUUCAAUUUAAUAGCAACAUUUAACACUUUCAGCUCUGGGCCAAAAUCAGAUAUUUGUCUCAAUGUGUUCAAAUUAAAAUACGUAACAGUAGUUUUUGUUUUUAGAUUAUAUUAUUCAGAAAAUAAGUUUUUUGCCUCUCGUGUAAAAUUGUAAUUUAAUGAGAUACGAGGUUUUCACACUAAGCCAUCGAUAAAUAAGAUCUUAAUAUUUAUAUUUUUAACUUUCAUACCUUAUUGAGUUAUACCAGUAUCGAUCUGAUUUUACGAACGCACAAUUUAAUAUUUUAUAUGAUGUUAGAUGCAUGUAUUUUUUGUAACAGUAUUUUUUAAAUAAACAUAUAUUUUUAGUAGCAA